AUGAAAGCUACCACUGCUCUGACCUGCGCUUUCCUCGCGGGCCUCCAGCUCGUCGGCGCCGUGCCCGCCCCAGCAGCCAACGCUGCGCAGCAGGUGUCUGUCUCCUACGACACCAACUACGAUAUCAAGGGAGCGUCUAUCGAUACCGUCGCCUGUGCCGAUGGUGAGAACGGCCUCAAGGGUCGGGGCUAUUCCACUCUUGGAUCGCUGCCGAAGUUCCCGUUGAUCGGUGGCGCCCUCACCAUUCCGGGCACCAACAGCCCUAACUGCGGCAAAUGUUACCAGUUGCACUACGCCAGCGGCACGGUCGACAAAACCAUAAAUGUGCUGGCUGUUGACACUGCCCCCGGUGGAUUCAACAUUGGUCUUGAGGCCAUGAACCAGCUGACCGAUGGCUCGGCGGAGCAAUUGGGCCGGGUGGAUGCUACCUAUGUCGAGGUGGAGGAAAGUUUGUGUGGAAUGUGA